CAAUAGGUUGCACACAAAUAUUACAGCUAUGCUCAAAGUGGACACAGCCACCUCCUUUCCCCGCCUGUUAUCAGCAGUGGCUUGUGAGCAAUAGCAGAGAGGAACCGCCUAUUGCAGUAAAAACUUCUUCCUCCCUUUGGAAAGGGUCAAAGUUUGUACGAAACCAACAACAGAUCCAGGCAGAGACGCGAUUUCACUUCAACAGCAGGAUUUAUCGAGCUUACAUUCUUCAAGAAGAUGGCUCCACUGCUGAAAUGCAGUUUUUUAAUCCUGUUGGCGUUCAACCUAACUCCUGUUCCUGUGGGGGCAGAAGGAAAUGGGCCAGUGUUACAGAGACAGAAAAGAGAGUGGAUCAUCGCUCCCAGAAAGCUAUAUGAAAACCAUGAUUACACCGGCUUGGAAUAUAUUGCUAGAAUUCGUUCUGAUAAAGAGAAUUUUACGAAGAUAUUCUAUUCACUAUCAGGGCCUGGUGCUACCCAGCCCCCUCAAAAUGUAUUUCGUGUCGACAGUAAGACAGGUUUUGUGAAAAUCUACUCCGUAUUGGACCGCGAGCAGAUCUCUUCCUAUCAUCUAAUAGGUAAAGCAGCAUACGAAAACGGGAGCCCUGCAGAAAAGGAUAUUGACCUUAGAAUUACUGUUCUGGAUGAGAAUGACUGUCCACCAGUCAUUAAAGUACAGCAAGUCGGAUCCGUCAAUGAAUCCAGUGCAGCAGGUACUGUUGUCAUGAAAGUGAUAGCUACUGACGCUGAUGAAGAGAACACACUCGCCUCCAAGAUCUCCUACAGAAUUGUGGAGCAGAGUAACAUAGGUGGAAUGUUCAACAUCAACUCUGAAACCGGAACGGUCAUGGUUCGACGGAGCACUCUGGAUAGGGAGACAAAAGAUACAUAUAGGUUGACUAUAGAAGCCUCUGACAUGGGUGGACAAUCGGGAGGAAACUUUGGAACUGGACAAGUUGAGAUAAAAAUUCUGGACAUAAAUGACAAUAUCCCCACCCUGGAGAAAGAAUCGUAUGUUGGGAGUGUGGAGGAGAAUACCAUCAAUGUGGAAGUGAUGAGGAUCAAAGCUAUUGACCUGGAUCUGAUUCACACUGACAAUUGGCUGGCGGUCUUCAAAAUAAUACAAGGGAAUGAGGCUGGCUAUUUCAGUAUCACUACUGAUUCUAAGACCAACGAGGGAAUUAUCAUGAUUCACAAGGCUCUGGACUAUGAGGAAAUGAAGGAAAUCAAAUUGAAAGUGGCUGUUUCCAACAAAGCAGCGUAUAAUUUUGGCAGUGGAAGCAUGACAGGUAGCGCAACCUCAAAAUCCUACGACGUUAAAAUCGAUGUGAUCAAUCAGAAGGAAGGUCCCCGUUUCCAACCAAGUGUCAAAGUGGUGACCAUCUCCGAGGACCAGACUUCCAUUUCCUUAAACAAAGUCAUUGUAACCUACGCCGCUAUUGACAGUGACACGCUAAAGACUGCCACCAAUGUAAGAUAUGCUAAAAUCCGUGAUGAGGACAACUGGUUGAUUAUUAAUGAAAAAACAGCAGAAAUCAAACUGGCUAAACUGCCUGACAGAGAGUCCAAGUUCUUGAUAAAUGGAACAUAUUAUGCUGAAAUAAUAUGCAUCACCACUGAUGGCAGUUCAAAAACUGCCACAGGGACCAUAGCCAUUCAGGUGGAGGACUUUAAUGAUCACUGUCCGCAACUGACCACUACAACUCAGACUAUGUGCCAUGGGGAUAAAGUGAUCUACGUCACAGCCGUAGACAAAGAUGAGUUCCCCAAUUCAGCACCGUUUGAGUUCACUGUGAUUCAAGGGAGCAACAGGGGGAAAUGGACAGUGGACCAUCUUAAUGGAACCACAGCCAUUCUGCGAGACGAAGCCAACUUGUGGCCAGGCAUGUACAAAGUGGCAGUGGAGGUCAAGGACCAGCAAGGAAAGUCGUGUGCUGAUGUUCAGAUGAUGGACGUAAUUGUGUGCACUUGCCUUGAAAACACUAAAACUUGUGUGGCCCGCAGUACAAAGACUGCAGGUUUUGGAGCUGCGGGUGUUCUACUAUUGCUCCUGGGACUGCUGCUGCUUCUUUUGGUGCCCCUUCUGCUGAUGUUUUGCUUGUGUGGAGGUGCAGCAGCUAUGGGAAACUUCAAGGCCAUUCCAUUUGAUACAAAACAGCAGCUGAUCUCAUAUCACACUGAAGGACAAGGAGAAGACAAGGACAUUCCUCUCCUACAUGUCCCAGUUGAAGUUGAUGGCGAAGCAGUGAAUGCCAAGGACAUCAACACCUAUCAGGGGAGGGGGUAUCUAGGAGGACUGGCUGACUUUGGAGGAGCCUUAGGUGGAGGAGCCUUAGGUGGAGGAGCCUACGGCGGUGCCUUUAAUACUUCCAACUUGACAGCUGAGAACAUGCACAUGUACAACCAAUAUAACAACACCAGUGGGCAAAUGAACGUGGAUACUGGAAUGAUGACAGGACAAGAACACCACUUCUCCCAAUACGGAGCUGGGGUCUUUGAUGGGAUGGCUCUAUCUGAACAAUUCCUGGGGGAGUAUUAUUCAAGUAAAUCCAACCAUGCUGCACAGCAAUCCCAUCAGAAGGAUGGUCUGCUGAUAUAUGACUAUGAGGGUCAGGAGUCUCUGGCAGGUUCUGUUGGCUGCUGCAGCCUUCUUGAUAACGAUGAUGACCUUGCGUUCCUGAAUGACCUUGGGCCUAAAUUCAAAACCCUGGCUGAAAUUUGCCAAGGGUCUUCCGUGGUGACUGAGUCUGUUGGUGCAGGCAUUUCUGUCUCUCCACCUAGACCAGUGUCUCCCAUCAGGCCCUCCACCCACACACACGUCCAUACACACACAGAAACAAUCAGGGACAGGGACCGUGUCAACAUCAACACCCUCAACACCUCCAAUGUAGCGUCAGGAUCGUCCACCAUGGUCCAGGAGGAGCGAAUCACUGAGAGAGCCCAGGGCUUAGCCACUGUUCCCAAGAUACAUGUCCAGGACAAUGUUGUGAUACCCAGUCAGACGCUGCUCGUACAACAGCCUGCUAUGUACUAUGCUGCCACACCCAUGUAUGUUGUCGACUCCAAGCCCCAAGUAGUGCUCGUGGCCGGUGGCGCCCAGCAGGCAGCAGGUCAAGUAGCUCAGGUCGGGCUAAGUCAAGGCCUGGUGCAAGUUGGAGGCCUGCAAGGUAGUCAGGGUGCGAUACUUAUAGAUAGACAAGUAGGAAUGGGUGGAGUGGCAGGGCAGGCUGCACAAGGCCUCUCACAAGGAACCCUCUCCAGACAAGUGUUGGUGGUGGAGAACGGGUCCUCAGGUGGAGGGCAAGGUGCACGCUUAGCACAGACAUUUGUUCAGACAGGACAGGGAUCUGCAGAGCAGGGCUUGGCGGUCAGAGGUGAAGGUAUGCAAUUUUCACUGGGAUCAAAUGAAGACUUUACCCAGACAGCCACACCCAAAGUGCAAGGGAGCCAGAGAGUAGUUGUGCAACGUAAGAAGGUCUCAGUCACUGAAAGAAAUAUUGAAUCUAGUUCCAGAGCGUAAAGCAACCCUUUUGUUUAGCUUAUCUACAAAUGUCACACUUGUUUUGUUAUACUGAAAUAUAUUUCAGUACACUAAAAGAUACAACAGUAUAUUCAUGUAUCUUUUCAUACAAUAGAUAGAUUAAAUUGUGGUAAAACUACUAAAAGGAUAGUUUUGUUUGCUUGACAAAAAAUGCAAUACUAUAUGUCCUCAUCUUGUAAUAGCACAAUACAAGAUGAUGAUAGUGCUCAUAGUAGUUGACACAUGGUACAGUAUUGACCACAUGACUACCAUGACUAUAAAAGGCAUACUAAUACUAUUUAGUAAAAUGACUUUGACAUAUGUUGUGCAUUAAUUUCUUGUAUGCUACCUGUCAGAAUGUGGCUCUGUCAAAAUUAGUUCAAAGUGUAUACUUUACAGUAUUAGCUCAAAUUGGGAGCAAACAACAGAUUUGUAAGAGGCAUUACAUUGCUGAGGGAAACCUUGGCAGAAUAUGAGGUGUGACUUCCCUUUUUCUCUGGUUCCAAGAAUCGCCAGUUAGGCACAGAUAGCUCUAAAAGCACCGUAUUUAUUUCAAGUACAAAGUAUGGCUUCAGGGUGGGAACAGCCAAAGUAAACAAAAGACAACUAAACCAGUCAGACCGACAGUGUAUACUUACCCAUAAAACAAAAAUUAUGAAUGCCUUAUCUCCUAACUUAAGAGACAUACGCACAGCCUAGCCACACCUACACCCUGUAGGGCAGCUAUAAGUAACUGCUCGGUAGAUUAUUUACAACAUGAUGAUCCAAGUCUAACAUGAGAUCAGAGAGUUCCCUUCAGCUCCCAACCUGUCAGGCUGGUGUAGGCAGGGAACCACUGCAUUUGGUUGCAGCUGGCCUUAUAUCCCUGAAAGCUGCAUCACAGGCCUGGAAUCACUUGCACAAUCAAAAUUAAUCAAACCAUCCAAUUGUAGCACCCUAAAUGUAGCUCAACGGACAAAUCCUCACCCCAAUAGGAAAGAGAGAGGAGAGAAAGAAAAGUUAAAACUUUACGUAGUGCUCUUCCUGAUGAGAACAACACAGAACACGUCUGUAUAGGAUUAUUUUCAGAACUUCUUAUGAAAUGAUCUGAGUUUAUAGAGUUCUGAUCUUUUGUCCCUCAUCCAAGCUCCCGUUAAAAUUACUAUAAUCAUACUGUAAAUCAUCCCCCUUGAGAAGCACACAUUCAUUUUGAGAGUGACUAAGGCAGAGGAAGAACAAAGUUUCCGUAGUUAGUAUCGUUUUUCAUUUAUCCAUUUAGGCUUCGAACAUAAGACUCAGUGCUCUGAGAACUUCCUUUUUGUAGUGUUGUGUUAUUCUAAAAAUGCUUGGGUUGCAUUUUGUACUGUUUUAACUUUCGCCAUGCCAUAAGCUGUUCUGCUGACCUUUAGAUUGUUGAACUUAGAUAAACUGUAACUAAUCAGGAACUGCUGUAUGGGUGGCCACUGCUUCCUUUGAAACUUGUGGAACAUAAAUGAAUGCACUGUAUAACUGUUGAAAGCACAGAAGAAUUGCAGAAGAAUCAAGGCCCAAAUGUUUAAAUGAUUUAGGGUACCAAGGGAAUAAACUGAUUAUUCAGUAGACAACAUAGUGGCCACAGACUAUAAAACCAAAGAAGAGAAUUCUACACAAAUUCUCUAUUUUAUUGUUGCACUCUUUUUAUUAUUUCUACUGAUUAUGUGUUGGUUGGUAGGUAAACCAAGUGCUAAUUCAAAACAUCUCAGUGUCAAAGCUGUACAAAUUGUGUACAAUAUCAUUAUGACACUAUUUUUUACAAAUGUAUAUUGUGCCAUAACUCCCAUGAUAUGUUGUUUUCAUUGUAUGUAAGUGUGUGUGUGUGUAAAGAUAUCAUGAUUUGGGUAUGUGGAUGAGCAGAUUAAUCAAAGAUCGCCUUGCCAAGCACUGAGAAUAUUUGAUAGAGUGAAAUUGUUUGAUAUUGCUGUUCUUGCUAUUGAUGUGUGUGUAUUUUUCAUCUCAACUGCAAUCUCUAGUUUUUAACAUUCUGUAUGUAUAUAGCAUAAGCAGCGGACAUAAUAAUACAAGUCUUUGUUUUUUCAGGUUUUACAACUGUCAUAAUAAAAUUGAAUUA